CAGCAUUUUAGUGUUUGCUCCAACCCUCCAGCAUCAUAACACCACUGAACUUCCUCAACAGGAGUGAAUAUUUGACUCUGCAGUUUUGACUGAGGCCAUUUGUCAGCGCCCAGCGGAUGAGCUGACUUCUUGUCUGAUUUGUUUGGAACGAUGACAGGUGGACGGAAACUGCUGCUGCUGGCAGCAGUGAUCGCUCUCCUGGUGGGAACUGAGCAGAAACCAACAGUGUACAUGACUCCCAACCUGUCACCGAUCUUCGCUGGAGAUUUGCUGUACUUGCACUGUAAUGAUAGUCAGGAUGGGAGCACAGCAAUCUGGAAGUUUAAAGGCAACAAGAAAAACCAAAGUAACACCCUGAAGAUAGCAGCUGCUUCCUCCAAGGACUCAGGAAUCUAUAAUUGUACAAUCAACGGCCAAACAAGCGAUGACUUCAACUUAAAAGUUUUUGAAUACGUUCCCAUCGCAUCACUUAGCAUCACAACAGGCCAGCCAGUGAUGCGCAAGAACGCCAAAGUCCUGCUGGAGCUUACAAACGAUGACGGACUGGAGGGAUGGUGGUGCAGGGUCAACCGGGGAAUGAAGACCAGAACAAUUAAACUGAAAUUGAACAACAAAAAUCCAACAUCAUUUACCUUUGAAACUACAGAACUGAAAGUCCCCGAGACCAUCUACUGGUGUGAAAAGAACAAUACAAGGAGAAGUAACCAGGUUGUUCUCAGGACCACUGACAAUGAAGUGAUUCUGGAAAUGUAUCCGUUCCCUGCAAUAGCAGGAGAGAAAAUGACCCUGAAAUGUCUUGUGUGGGGAACGGAGGAAGUUACUAAAUCUGUCUUCUACAAAGAGAACACCAACAUCAUGAGCGUUCAGGGAGAUACGUAUAAUAUCCCUACAGUUAAUGAACCUGGGGUGGAAAGAUAUAAGUGUAAAGCCACCUACAGAUACAAGGACCAGACAGUGGACCCACAUGUAUAUGAUUCUGAUGUUCAGGAUGUACCUGUCCAUGUUUGCCCCGUCAGAGCGGUGCUGUCUGACACCAUGGGGUGCUCCUGUCCAUCAUGUGAUAGACAGGGGUCAUACAUGUACUACAAGCAAAAUGGUGACUCCUGGACAAUGCUCGGUCAAAACAAACAUCCAGACGGCGACGGUACUUACCACUGCAGAGCUGUUAUGGAUAACAUGAGGACUUUACCCAGCAAUGCUGUGAGAUAUAAUCACAGUAUUUCUGGACCGGUGAUUGGGAUCUUGUUUUUCAUCGUUCUGUUGGGAUUGCUCAUUUUUGCCAUGGCAUUUUAUAAGUGGAAUAAGAAGAGAAAUGAGAGAGUGGACAUUUACGAGCAAGUCCCGAUGAGGCAAGGGGAUACCAAUUAUGAGGCUAUAAACGUGAGGCAAGUGAAAGAGGGUGAAUACGACACGCUUCAACCUGGAGUAGAGGGCAGGCAGAAGACAGGUGGCGAAUACGAAGCACUGACGAAACGGGAAGGCAAAGACGAAGUUUACCACACUCUGGGAGAAAACGUAGCGUCGGGAGGAGACGGGGGUUACGAAGCUCUGAAGACAGCAGGAAUCCAAAAAGAUGAAUAUGAAACCCUGAAAACCAAGCAACCGGAGGGCGGGACGGGCACAGAAAGCGGAGGAGACGGAGGUUACGAAGCUCUGAAGACAGCAGGAAUCCAAAAAGAUGAAUAUGAAACCCUGAAAACCAAGCAACCGGAGGGCGGGACGGGCGCAGAAAGCGGAGGAGACGGAGGUUACGAAGCUCUGAAGACAGCAGGAAUCCAAAAGGAUGAAUAUGAAACCCUGAAAACCAAGCAAGCAGAGCUGGAGAAAGUGGAAGAGAUAAAAGAGAAGAAAUGAGAGAGAGGCUUAGAAGGAUGAUGGGUCUCCUUCCACCCAAUGGUGGACAGACCCGCCCAGAAAUGAUCCUCAAGUCAGAAAAUCUAAACUUUGAUUCAUUUUCACUCAGGUAGAAGUGAAAAGUACAUCCAAAACGUUAAAAGUGUUUGGUAUAAAGGCGACUCAAUACCGAGUGACGGUUUGAUCAAGACAUCUGAUUUAAUUUGUUCAAAUUGAUCAUCAGACAAGAAAAAAAAAAGUUGCCUGCAAAUCCUGGAAUCCUAAAGGUCAGGAAAAAAAUAAUUUUGUUCACAAUAUAAAGUUCAUCGAAAUGAUACUUAUAGAAGGUAAAGUAUAUAUUAUGUUAGAACAAAGUACUUCUACUGACAAUACAUACUGUUUACUGUACAUUAAUUUGACCUACCAAUGACACAGCAUAUAGAAAAUACUAUAACAAUUAACUUGUCCAAACAAAAACUGUAGAUUUAUGUGUUUCUGAUGUAUCUUUCAUUUUAAUUCAGUCAGUAAUUAGAGAGAUGCUUAUUUACUGGAUAGAGUAUCAGAACUAUUAACCCAUUACUGUUACUUAAAAAAUAUUAUUUAAGUACGGUAAGGUAAAACUACUAUAUAAACGUUACUACAAUAAAAGUGAGAUACUUCUCACCUCUUCAAAGCAGUCAGUGCCCGUAUGUAUGUAAAAAUACUACUACUAAUAAUAAUAUACAUUCAAUACAUUUCAGUUUAUAUAAAUUGUAUAACUAUGGAGAGUGUAUGUAUAACUAUUUUGGUUCACCUGUUAUUUGUUUAUUAUUUAAAUAAUUCAAAUUAUUAAAAUAUCAACAGAUAGAAGUACAACAUUCAUUUUGGGAGAUAAACAAUCAACAAACAAAACAUGUCUGGAAGCAGAGUUUCCACUUUUCUUCUUUUUCAGUCAUUUUCAUACAUGUUUUAUUGCUAGCUUUCAUAUUUCAUGUACUUUGAAUUGCAGUAAUAAACAUUAUUUUCUCAUCUUGCUUAGACAGAUUAAGCUGAUGUAACUCAUACUUUAAGUUCUGACAACAUUUGCAUUACAUUUUCAGGACAUAUGCACAGCUUCAGAAUAAGAAAAUUAACAUUUAGCAGUAAACCAUGCAGAUUUUUCUAUCAUAAAAUGCAAUAUUACAUGCUUCAGUAUUAAUCUUACAGAUUCCUUUUUUGUGGCAAAAAUCACAUUUUUGUACGCAGCUGUAAACAUUUAUACAGUAUUUUGUUUUUUGUUCAAAUCUGCUCAAAUAAAAGUUGAAUAAAUCACUUUUUGGUCCAGUUGUGUUUUACUACAGAGUGAUAAUAAAUGACGAUAGUAAUAAGCCAUUUGAUGUAUUGUUUUAAUGUCCAACCAGCUGAAACUUUGGUCAUUUUGAGCAUUUAUUACAAACAAAAACACAAAUAUUUCAGUACAAAUGAGGCCUUCACCCUUUAGGCUUUA